AUGGGUUCAAGAAAGAAUAGGCACCACCUGAUUGUUUUUGCAGCCAUUCUGGUGGUGCUGGAGAUGUGGGCUUGUUGCGAAGCCACACUGCGGUGGCGCUUGGAUGACGAUGAUGAGGGAAUGGUGAAGAGGUACGAGGAGUGGAUAGUUGAAUAUGGACGGGUGUAUGCAAAUCAGACAGAAAAGAUGGAACGGUUUAGUGUAUUCAAAAUCAACGCUAAGUAUAUUGACUCUUUUAAUCAGGUUAAAAAUCGUACUUUUACCUUAGGGAUUAACCAAUUCGCGGAUUUAAGUAAUGAGGAAUUUCAACAAAGAAUGGGGUGCGAGAUGCCACCAACUAAUUCCGAAGUAACGCCGUUUAAGUACGAGAACGUGACUGUCCUUCCUCCCACGAUGGAUUGGCGACAAAGGGGAGCAGUGACUCCCAUCAAAAAUCAACAACAAUGUGGAUGUUGUUGGGCAUUUUCUGCGGUGGCGGCGAUAGAGGGAAUCACCAUGAUAAAAACAAGAAGACUAAUCGCCUUAUCGGAGCAACAAGUAGUAGACUGCGAGACCGUAAGCCACGGCUGCAACGGGGGGUGGAUGCACGAGGCCUUCAAGUACGUGGCCAGGAACCGAGGCGUAACCACGGGAGCCAAUUACCCCUACACCAUGAGACAGGGGCCCUGCAACCAAGCCAAGGCAGCCCAAGCCGCCGCAAGAAUCACGGGCUUCCAAUUCGUCCCGCGCAACAACGAGGCGGCGGUCAUGCAGGCCGUGGCGAACCAGCCCGUCUCCGUGGCCAUCGACGCCAUGGGCAGGCCGUUUCAGUUCUACAAAGGCGGACUUUUCAGCAUGGGGUGCACGACGAGGACGACCCACGCGGUUACGGCCGUGGGGUAUGGGGCGAUGGGGGCGCAAAAGUUUUGGCUUUUGAAGAACUCGUGGGGGCUGCAGUGGGGAGAGCAAGGGUAUAUAAGGAUGUUGAAAGAUAAUGGGCGGCCGGAAGGGAUGUGUGGCAUUGCCACACAAGCUUGUUAUCCAACUGCAUAG